AUCAAAAUUUUGAAAAGUUAAUGGGGCAAGGCCGCGGCUCCGGCUCUGUUCAAAACCCCCUAAAGACAAAAUGGGGUUUAGGCCAACCAGGCAGGACCCAGACCCCACAUCUCUACUAAAAUAAUAGUAAUAUUCCCAAUUGGCUUAGAACUAGGAUUAAUAAAUUAGAAUUUGAAAUCUAAAUUAAAAUUAGCCACACCAUAAUAUGAAUUUACCUGGAUACCAAUUCUGGUCCCAUGAGGAAUCUAAACCAUGCAUAGCACCAAUUUAAAGCUAGAAAUACAUUACAUGUGUAAGUGGAGUUUUAUAAGUAUAAAUAGUUAUUGCAUUGGUUGGAUUAUUAUUAUUAUUAUUACUAUAUUUAAAAAAUGAAACACAAAUAAAUGCUAUUCUAAAUUACAAAAGAAAUUUUUCUAGAUUGUGAUUUUGCGUUGAUGGGUUACACACGCCCUAACCGUUAAAUAACCAACCGCCAGUAGCCUUUCCUAACUGCACUGGCCGUUGGUCUCUUCUCUCUCCAUCCAUUUCCCAAACAAACCAAAAACAAGAACAGAGACGGAAAGAAAAAAAAAAGAAAAAAACUCUACCAUUUCCAAAAUUCCUUCUCAAAUGAUCCGCACCCAAUUCAGCUUUUCCAAUUCCCAUCGUUAAAGUUUAAUGCUUUAUCAUUUUCCAACCCAUGUUACAAUUUUGGCUUAUUGGCUUAAAGUUUAAUUCUUGAUGACAAGAUUGAUAGAUCUUAAACAAGUACAUUGUAUUACAUGUUAAUAAAGUUUAUAGAAUUUGAGAGGGAGGGGAGUCUUUAGCUAGAUUUUGAUUAGAAAAAUGUCAAAUUAUGUAGAUUUCAAUCAAAAGAUUGAUUAUGUGUUUAAAAUUGUAUUGAUUGGAGAUUCAGCUGUUGGGAAAUCCCAACUCUUGGCUAGGUUUGCUAGAAAUGAAUUCUGUGUGGAUUCAAAAGCCACCAUUGGUGUUGAAUUCCAGACCAAAACGCUUUCUAUCGAUAAUAAGACUGUUAAGGCACAAAUUUGGGAUACCGCUGGCCAAGAAAGGUACAGGGCAGUGACAAGUGCGUACUACCGGGGAGCGGUUGGUGCAAUGCUAGUCUAUGACAUGACCAAGCGCCAGUCAUUUGACCAUAUGGCGAGAUGGCUAGAGGAAUUGAGGGGGCAUGCUGAUAAGAACAUUGUAAUAAUGCUCAUAGGAAACAAGUGUGACUUGGGGAGUCUAAGAGCCGUGCCUAUAGAAGAUGCCCAAGAAUUUGCACAAAGAGAGAACCUAUUCUUUAUGGAGACAUCAGCUCUCGAGUCUACAAAUGUUGAAACUGCUUUUUUGACAGUAUUAACAGAGAUAUACCGAGUAAUCAGCAAGAAAACUCUUACUGCCAAUGAAGAGUUAGAUACUAAUGGGACAUCAGGCCUUCUAAAGGGAACAAGAAUCAUAGUUCCUGGCCAUGAUCAGGCUCCUGCAAAGAAAGGUGGCUGUUGCAUGUCUUCAUAAUUUUCAACUUGUCAAAUUUCUUAUUUUGAGAAAACAAAAAGUUGUUCUUUAUUUUAGGCUUCACUGUUAUGAACAAAUUCAUUUGUAUCGUUUAGAAAGUGGGUACUGAUGUUUUUGGAUAAUAGGAUAAAGGUUGUCAAUAUUAUAUUGACACGUGUGUUGUCCAUUUUAGUUAUCAUUGUAGUUCAUGGAAACUCACCUCUCAAGAUGAGGCUUCUUUUCUUAAUUAUAGCAUACUACUAAAAAUUAUUA